UCAGUCCGUCAGCAUGGAGGAACUGCAGCUGCUGAUCUGGGUUUGUGUUUUUGUCGGCCCGACUUGUUGUUGGCAUGACUUGGACAACAGCGAGUACGACUGCUGGCCUCUGGACCGACCCAACGAGAACAACAUGAUCGACUGUGGAGGUCUGGAGAUGUCCUGGGUGGUUCGUCCUCCUGAACUGGUGAAAAGUGGAGAAGUUUUUAACGUCACAUAUUCAGUCACAGCUCAGGAUUCUUUCUACAGCUGGGCUAUUCAGAACCACAUCUUCACCCAGAGCUCCAUAACAAACGCUGUAGAAGCUCAAAAGUUCUGCGAACAUCAUGACUGUCCGACCAACUGGAAGGAUGCAAACGGAGAAAACUGCUGCAUCCAUCACGCCAACAUCCACUCCUGUCCUCUGGGACACAUGACGUUUGAAAGUAUCUGUGGUCCCUGGAUUCCUGAUGACGGAAAAAUCUUCACCCACACCAUCUCCACCUCCGGAAAGAUGACCCAGACCAACUGGACGGCAAAGGUGGUUUUGUUCCACGCCGGUUUAACUUCGCUCAUCGCUCACAUACGAGUCGGUCGAAUGCAGGUUGCUCUGGAGGCUAAAAGCACCGUCCUGCCAGCUGUAGUCUGUGGCGAUGGCGUCUGCGAAGAGGCGGAGCUUUGUUCCACCUGUCCAGCCGACUGUGGUGAAUGUCCGAUGACAGCUGCCACCAAACUGGCCAUCGGCCUGCCGCUCAGCCUGCUCUGCCUCUCCUUCAUACUGACCGCUGUGUGGUUCAGGUACCAGAAGGAGAAGCUGCUCUGGGACGAAAGCUGGAUCAUCGACUUCUCUACCAUAAAACAAGACCAGGAGGCUCAUAUGACCAUGGGCAGCAUCAUGAGCGUCCCGGUGGCAAACAGCGACAGCAACACCAGCUGUGUCACUGCUCUAAGCUCCUGCACCGGACAACCAGGAACCAGGAAAACUCUGUUCACCUGCACUGGCAUCUACGACGGCCAGACGGUGGCCAUCAAGAGGAUUCAAACUAAGACUUUCUCUCUGUCCAAAACCAUCCGACAGGAAGUCAAACAAGUCAGGGAGCUCGACCAUCCUAACCUGUGCAAGUUCAUCGGUGGUUGUGUUGAGGUGCCUGAUGUUGCCAUAGUAACGGAGUACUGCCCAAAGGGAAGCCUUAACGAUGUCCUGCUUAACGAGGAGAUUCCUCUGAACUGGGGCUUCAGGUUUUCCUUCGCUACCGACAUCGCCAGAGGGAUGUCGUACCUCCACCAACACCGGAUCUGUCACGGCCGACUCAAGUCUCUAAACUGUGUCUUAGACGACCGCUGGGUCUGUAAAAUAACAGAUUACGGACUGAGGACGUAUCGCAGGGACGACGGGGCGGAGCCUCUGUCCACCUAUCAGCAGAGGCUCCAGGAGGUUUACAUGCCACCUGAGUUUCAGAACUCCAACAUGGAGCCGACGCUGGCUGGAGACGUGUUCAGUUAUUCCAUCAUCCUGCUGGAGAUAGCAACUCGCAGCAACCCAGUCCCAGCGGAGGAGUCCAACCUGGAGUGUUCCUGGUGUCCUCCUCUACCUGAGCUGAUCUCCAGUAAAGCCGACAGCACCUGUCCCUGUCCCUCCGACUACGUGGAGCUGAUCCGGCGAUGUCGCUCUCAUAACCCCGCCCACCGGCCCACGUUUGAACAAAUCAGGAAGUUUGUUCACCGGAUCAACCCGAUCAAAGUCAGCCCGGUGGACAUGAUGAUGAACCUGAUGGAGAAGUACAGCAAACAUCUGGAGGUGUUGGUGGCUGAACGGACUCAGGAUCUGAUGCACGAGAAGCAGAAAACUGACCGCCUGCUGUACAGUAUGCUUCCUAAGCAGGUGGCCGAUGACCUCCGUCUGGGGAAACCGAUGCAGGCUCAGAGCUACGUCAGCGCCACCGUCUUCUUCAGCGACAUCGUGGGCUUCACCCAGCUGUCCAGCAGCAGCACUCCUUACCAGGUGGUCGACUUCCUCAACAAGCUCUACACCACGUUUGACGACAUCAUCGACAACUACGACGUCUACAAGGUGGAAACCAUCGGAGACGCCUACAUGGUGGUCUCCGGGGUUCCGCGGGUCAACGGGAUCCUUCAUGCCUCUCAGAUCGCCAGCAUGGCUCUGGACCUGGUGGGCGUCUGCAGAACCUUCCGGAUCCCCCACAAACCCAACACUCAGCUGCAGAUCCGGGCCGGAAUCCACUCUGGUCCAGUCGUGGCCGGAGUGGUCGGAACCAAGAUGCCUCGGUACUGUCUGUUUGGAGACACGGUGAACACGGCGUCCAGGAUGGAGUCCAACAGCCUCGCUCUGAAGAUCCAGUGCAGCUGCAGCACCUUCUACCUGCUGGAGGAGAUCGGAGGAUACGUGCUGGAGUGUAGAGGAACGCUGCAGGUCAAGGGUAAAGGGGACAUGGUGACCUACUGGCUGGAGGGGACGAAGAUGUCUCUGGUCUCCAAGGAGACGACCAGAUCCAUCGCCAUGGAGACGGAGGCAGAGAAGGAGGCGGAGCUCCAGCCACCAGUGCCUGGUUUCCUUGGCGACGACCUGCUGCUGGACCAAUCCUGAUCCAGAACGUCGUCACAUGACCUCCAGAGAAACAGAAGAAGAACGUCUCCAGCAGCUCCUCAGAGAAAAACUGUUUAAUGGAAUCAUUUCUGGUUUAGUGUCAGAAUUUAUCCUCCUGGAGUCAAUGGAAAUGACCCAAAACAAAGAAAAAAGGCAAAAAAAAAAGUGAAAACUGUUUAAAAUAAAAGGCUAAUUUAUUCAAAAACAUGAACAACAUGAACCAAAAGUUGUAGAAAGUUUCUAUGUAGAUGAAUGAAGUUGAGUUUUCUUCAUGAAGCUGAAAGUUUCACUGGACUCUGUUUGUGUGUUUCUGUUUUAGAUGAUGUUUGAUGUGGUUCUAAUUAAAUGUGUUUGAACGUUUCGUCCUAAA